AUGACGGGAGGCGCCCCCAGCCUCUACUCGUUCCCGGACCUGGGCGAGCUCAAGAAACAUCUCAGGAAGUACGUGCUCCAGUCGCAGAACGCCGCGAUAGCAAGACACUCUACCUUCCGCGUCGCAGUCUCAGGCGGCUCUCUUCCAGUUGUCCUGGCCAGCUCCCUCCUUGCUCCCGGCGACGGCUCAGACGAAGACACGCCCAGGUUCGGCUCAUGGGAUAUCUUCUUUGCCGACGAACGUGUCGUGGCCCUCGACCACCCAGAUAGUAACUACGGCCUGCUAAAGACCGAGCUCCUCGACAAGAUACCAACAGACCAGCUCGGUCAGCCCAACGUUCACCCCAUUGUACUCGACGAUGAUACCCAGGAGGUAGCGGACCAGUAUCAGGAUGAGCUACGGCGCGCGUUCGCUGCAAAGGAUAGUGUGAAGACUCCCGUUUUCGACCUUAUAUUGCUUGGCUGCGGACCGGAUGGUCAUACGUGCAGUCUCUUCCCCGGCCAUGAGUUGUUGCAUGAGAAGGACUCGUGGGUUGCGCCCAUCGAGGACUCGCCGAAACCGCCACCGAAGAGGAUCACAUUGACGCUGCCCGUUGUCACGCAUGGGCUGAGAGUUGCCUUUGUCGCGACAGGUGGAGGCAAGGAAGACGUGCUGGCGCAGAUAUUUGACAAGAGCGAAGGCAGCUCGCUUCCCUGUGCGAUGGUGAACGCUGCCGGUGGUGAGAGAGUGAGCUGGUUUACGGACUCGGCUGCCUCGAAGGCUGUGAAGUUCCCCAAGCGCGAGAACCUCUAG